CGCUCGGCUUUCCUGCGCCAGCGGCGGUGUGUCACCGAGGCUGGGCUGCUGCCGGAGAGACCCGGAGUCAGCGAACACUCAACCAGUUAACCCAAACUGGCAGCGCAGCUGGGGCUGAGGGGCUGCCCCGGCGAGUUUUAAACCUGAGUAACGUUUAGGUUGGAACCUACGCCUCUCUCUGUCACCACCGCCCGUCCUCCUGAUGUCUGACUUCAAGCUCGGGAUCGUACGGCUCGGCCGUGUGGCCGGGAAGACAAAAUACACACUGAUUGAUGAGCAGGACAUACCGCUUGUGGAAAACUAUGCCUUUGAGGCACGCAUGGAGGUAGAUGCGGAUGGCAAUGGAGCUAAGAUCUUUGCCUACGCUUUCGACAUUGGCAAAGGCCGCUGGGCAGGAAGGCCAUUGCAUGAGCUGCUCUGGGAGAAGCACAGAGGAGGCAUUGCACCCAGUUUUCAAGUCAUCCACAUCAACUCUGUGACAGUGGACAACCGGCUAGACAACCUGCGACUGGUGCCAGUAGGCUGGAGCCCCAAGCCAGAGGAGAUUUCCAGCAAGCAAAGAGAGCAGUCUCUGUACUGGCUGGCCAUCCAGCAGGUGCCAGCCGACCCUGUGGAGGAGCAGUAUCUGGAGCUGAGCCGCACACGCUACUACAACGCUAACGGGGAGCUGGUGGAGGAAGAGGAGUGCUCCUGCACCUACUACGAGUGUCAUUAUCCUCCUUGUUCACUCAUUGAGAGGAGGCUGCGGGAGUUCAACAUCUGCGGUCGCUGCCAGGUGGCACGCUACUGUGGCUCCCAGUGCCAGCAGAGGGACUGGCCCGCCCACAAGAAGCAGUGUCGCGAGCGCAAGCGGGUGCUGGCCCUGGAGUCAGAGCCCGAACGAUGAUCUGCCUUCAUCCUCGCCUGGGAGAGGAUGAGGGAGAAUGGGGAGGGGGGCAGGGCUUGACUUGGGGAGGGGAGCGGGGAUGAAGUGCAAAAUGGGGAAAAUUGCUGACAAGAGACUAACGACAGAGGACAAUGUUGGUUGCUUGAUUGUUUGGAUUCAGGGGGAAAAGAAGAUGGAGGAGGGGAAGAAGAAUAAAGCAAAAAGACAUCUGCCACUUCCCAGAACUGGUAGUUCUCCAUAGCUUGCUUUUCAUGUGGAUGACGGGGAAAGGUAUUAUUUGUUUUUGUUUUUUUGUUUUUUUCUUUGUUUGUUUGUUUGUUUUUUGUCUUUAUUUUCCUCGAGGAGGGAGAUCCUCGAGCUCUACCUGCUGCUAUGGUUUUGUAUGUGAGGGGAAAAAGUUGUCUUGUUGAUGAACUGGACAAGCUUCUUUGGACCACAGUCGAACAUGGACAGUUGUCGUCAUCCACUUUUGUUCCUCCACCCAGCCGCUGGGUGUGGUGACGUCUGUGCAAACGGGGGACCCAGGGGCUACAGUACCCGUCGUUCAGCUGGUACAAUGGGACAUGGACCUUUUCACUGUAUCGCUCCCUUUCUGACCUCUCUGGUGCGCACGGCUGCCGUCUUCAUGGUCAUCGACACCUUAGCCGCCUCCCUGUCUGUCGUACUCACCAUGCAGCCAACCACGACACACAUCAGAUAGAUUUCACUGAUUGAAUCACACUACCAGUAUUGAGUGUGGGAGUGUGUGUGUGUGUGAAUGUGUGUGAAUGUGUGUGAAUGUGUAUGUAUGCUUGUGUAUGUAUGUGUAUGUGCUGCCAAUAUGUACUGAAGGACAUUGAAUUGGUCAACAUAGGUUACGGGCCGGACUAAUGUUUGUCUGUUCUCUUCUUAAAGGGGCCAUAUUACACAGUUUUAAAUUUCAUAUUUAAUCAUAGACUGGUGGGUUAAAAUAUUUUCACUGUUCUAUAAUAAAGUAGCUGCCAAAUAAAGGCUUUAAUUUUUUUCUAGAAGUUUUCUUGACCCAUGAUUUUUUUUUUUUUUUUUUUUUAAUCAGUUUGAUUGGACUUGUUUUGAUGUUUAAGAUGUGGUACAAAGUUUUUAAUUGCCUAAAAACUAGAUUUAUUACACUUUUCAAAAAAUCUGCAUUUUGAAAGUUCUCCAGUUAGUAUUUAAAAAGCUGGUCCAGGUGUUAUUUGGUACUUUGAUAGACCUUUUUUAUGAUCACAAAAAAAAAAAAAAAGUUCUCUUGUGAUCACAAAAUAAUUAUCUCAUGUUCUCGAGACAACGUAUCUCUGUCAAAGUUCUCUGAUAAUCAAAUGGAAACAAAAUUAUCUCUACCAAAGUCUGCUCUUCUUCUGUGGUUUGGCACUUCUUUAUCACCUAGUAUGAAUCCCUCCAGUCAGUCUUACUUUGCUGGUUUUUAACACACACCUGUCUUUUCAACGGUAUUUUUACAUCUGCAGGGUUAUGGUAUGUGUGUUGGGGUUGGGGUGGGUGGGUUAGUGCUCAGUUUCUCGUGUGAGAGUUUGCUCUAAGGGUUAUUUUUUUGAAGAAAUUCUAUCAAUGGAGCUAUAUUUAUUUAAAACAUUUGAUUGUGAAACAUGUUUUUGUCCUGGUGAUAUUUGAAGGCAAACAUAAUGAAAGGUGGACAAUGUGGGACCUUUAUGUGUCACAUGUGUGGGCAGGGAGGGGGACUGAACAUUUCAUCCCUGUUACUUGAUUUUUUUUUUUUUUAAUUUUCCUAAUCCUGAAUGAGUCCUCCUCAUUGUCACCCUUCCAGAUUUUCCAUGAAAAAGCUGCACACCAUCAUUGUCACUAAAAUCUUCCACGUGAGAAACGUCUUGGAGUGUAAAACUUGAAUUCCUCCCCUUACAUUUUAUUUUGAAGAGUGGUUUUAUGAACAGAACCAUUUCCUGCUUUCCUUUUCUAAGACAUGGCAGUCCAAGUGAAAUUAUUCUGUGUCAGAUUUAUCCUCAAUCGCCUGCCUUCCUUGUAUUACCUACAAUGCACACCUGCUUAAACGUGUCCUAUUGUGUCUUAGGUGAGGAGUCCAGACACUUAACACGCAUGUGAUUCACAGACGUACAUGCGACUUGAUUGUUUUUUUUUUGUAUGUGUGUGUGAACAGGUUUUCAACACUGCACUAAAAUUUGGCUCCCAUGUUAGCGUAUUUGUCAUAGAUGGGUUGAAGGGAGGGGUGUGAUUUGGACAGCGUGUACAGAUUGUGUCUGAGAUCUUUUUGUUUUGUAAGAAUAUAAGCAUUAAUCACCUAGAAAUAAAGAGCUACAAUAUGUGAAUGGAAGUACAGUUUGGGAUAACUGACUUUUGCUUUUCCAAUGUAAAAUGAUAAUAAAUAAAAUGAACCUCAUUUGGA